GUCGAUAAUAUGUCAAUUUAUUAUUGCCACAGUGUCUUUCAUUUUUUUAUCUGAAAUAAGUAGAAAUAUCAAAACAUUAUAUAUUUAAUUACUGGAUUAAAAAUGAAUUUGCCCGAAAUAAAAUCUUACGAAGAUCAAGCAAUUGAUACAGUUGUAUCGGUCAUCAACAGGGCCAAGGAAAAAUUGGGAAUACGUCAGACGCUGAGACAACUUGCCCAAAGCCGAGAUAUCCUAGCGUCGCAGGCAAAACUACCUCUGUAUAGUCUACGCAGCCCACUCGCAGUCACCGCCCAGAAGCUCCUAGCUGACGCCAUAGAGAAGAAAUGGCGGCUUACCGACACACUCAUGUAUACGUUGAAAUAUGUGGACGACUCGAAGGAUGAGAGCUCCCAUUUUUAUUAUUUCGAGGCGGUAUUCAGUCAACCAACAGCCAGCUAUCCCAUCCCCCAAGCCACAGCAUCCGUUUUCUUCAGGGUGGAAGAGAAGCACAUUGAACCUGUGGAACUUAAGGGGGUGCCUAUGAUGACGUUCAGGAUCGAAGGCCAACGUUCCGACCACGAUGUCCGUUAUGUUGCUCUCACUGCCGACUGGAUACUGGCCGUUAUCCAGAUGAAGAUCAAGCUAUUUCGAAGAAUCGAAGGUUUUCGGCUGUUUUGA